AAUGAGCAGAUUGGAAUAUAAGUGGAUUAUUCACGGUGAUGAUAUUACAAUAGAAUCCAUAACUCCCCUGCUAAGAGAUGAAAUUAAUGUUGCUGUAUUAACUGUAAAUACAGGAUUGUCAGAUUUUUCACUAAUUAAAGCCUACAUCAACGCAACAAUAGCUACAUCUAAUGAACUUUGCAGUAUUUUACCGACAGUUUCAAAAAUUGACUCAGACGAAUGUGUAUCACCUUUGACACUUGAUACAAGACGCUUGAUAAAUGCAACACUACACAAGAAUAUGGAAAUCUUCAAGAACGAUCUCUCUUUAAAAUGGGUUAUUCAUAGUUCAGUUUCUCAUUUGAACGGAAAGCCUAGUAUGAUUGAAACUGGUAAUUAUUCAAACGGUCAGUUGAAUCUCUACAGAGAUCAUUUAUAUCCGAACGAUCAUUCUGGAUUAAAUGGGAGACGUUUUUUAGUUACCAGUCUGCCAUAUUCCUUUUUCCAAAAAAAAACUGUUAUUGGUAAUUUAACAAUCUGGGAAGGCUUAACGUUUGACAUUUUGAAUCAAUUGGCGCAAGAUCUAAAUUUUACCUACGAUGUCAUUGAGCCAGCUGAUGGAAAUUGGGGUAUCGACAUUGGAAAUGGAUCUUGGAAUGGUAUGAUGGGUCAAGUUAUAAGAGGAGAAGUAGAUUUUGCCUCGGCGUCAUUCUCAAUUACAGCUGCUCGUCAAUUUGUAGGCGAUUUUGCAGCUCCAUAUUUUCGAGAUCAGUCAGUUAUAAUUAUGAAAUUACCUGAGGGAAAUGAUAAACUCCGAUUAUAUUUAAAGCCAUUCAGGCCAGAAGUAUGGCUUAGUUUAGUUUCGGCAGUCCUGAUAACCGGAGUUUUCUUUUGGCUAAUAUCAGCUUACAAUCCUUACUAUAAAGAACGCCAUUCGAAGAUAAAAAAAAAAGAAUCCUUUUUCUACGGUCCCACUGCUCUGUUGUAUGUUUAUGGAUAUAUUCUUCAACAAGGUAGCGACCAUAUGCCAAAAUCUUCAUCAGGAAGAUUUCUAAUAGGAUGCUUUUGGUUUUUCAGCUUGGUUAUUGCCGCAACAUAUACAGGAAAUUUAAUUGCUUUUCUAGCCAUCAGUACUGUUGAUUUGCCAUUUAAUAGUCUUGAAGAGCUUGUUCAACAAGACGCUAUGUCAUACGGACCAGCUAGGGCUGUGGCUCUUGUAAUGUUGUUUAGGGAUUCAAAGCUAUAUCCAUACACAGAGGUUGCAAAAACAAUGACUGAAGUUAAAAAUUACGAGAUAGCAAUGAAACAGGUUAGAACUGGAAAAUUUGCCUUUAUUGCUGAAAAAUCCUACUAUGCGGCUGUAUCCGCUGAUGAUUGUGAUUUGGUAAUGGCUAGACAGGAAUUUUAUCCCACAGAUUAUGGGUGGAUAACAAAAAUGAGAGAAGGUGGUCUGUUAAACAAGUGGAUGAAGAAUAGAAUACCUAAAAAUUUACAAUGUAAGGGGCUAGGACCAGUAACGAAGGCUAAAGUGGCAACUCUGGAAGAUUUUCAAGGAGUCUUCUACGUAUUUUUAGGAGGAGUUGUUUUAGCAUCAUUGAUAGAAGCGGAGGAACUACUAAGUGAUAGAUUAAUUAAGCAGCCUAAACAAGAUAAGGAGAUCAGGAUUAAAGACUCUGAGAAAUGA